AUGGAAAAUAUGUUGAAAAUCCGUGAGAACUUUAAUGAUUUGAUAGAGGAAGCAGAUUCUAAAGCGUUACAGUGGAAUGUUACACCGGAGUUUUCUUGUAAACGAACGAGAAAAGUAAAACAAUUUUAUGGUGAGCUAUGUCAAGAUCAACGUCUUUCACAAGGAAACCGUUAUUUUAAAACGCAAGUUUUAUAUCGCUGUAUCGACACUGUAGUUACACAAUUGAAAACAAGAUUUGAAGGUCUUAGUGAAAUAAAACUUGCCACACAAAUUGAGUCAUUUAAGUGUAUGUUUGCUUCUGAACUUAAGUCUUGUAACAGCGUUUUUGAUAUGACUAAAUUACUAAUAAUUGAAAAUAAUAAUUUGAUUACUAGUUUCCCUGACUUAUUAACGGCAUUUUACUUGUUCCUUACAUUACUGGUUACUGUGGCGAGUGCAGAACGGACAUUCUCAAAACUUAAACUAAUUAAAAAUUAUUUAAGAAGCACAAUGUCCCAAACACGGCUUAGUGGUCUUGCGAUGAUUUCAAUAGAAAAUGAGCGUGCUAAAAAAUUGGACUUAUCGUUAUUGGUGAAGACGUUUGCUCAAGACCGUAGCAGAAAAAAAUCAUUUUCAAUGUAA